GGUAGCAGUCAGUAUGAGUUUAAAAGACAGUGACUUGCCUAAAGAAUUACUCACAACAACUUGCUCACAGGAAUUUAGUCUCACAGAUGAGAAACCUCAUUCUUUUAGUGCAUGUAGCAGGAAUUAUUCACAGAAGGAAAGUGUAACUGCACACAAACACAUCCAUACUGGGGCAAAACCAUAUUCUUGUAGUAUAUGUAAUAAGAGUUUUUCAAAUAAGCGUUUACUAUCUACGCACAUUCGCAUUCAUACUGGUGAGAAACCUUAUUCUUGUGGUGUAUGUAAUAAGAGUUUUUCAAUUAGGUGUAAUCUAACUGUACACAGUCGCACUCAUACCGGAGAGAAACCUUAUUCGUGUAAUGUUUGUAAUAAGAGUUUUUCACAGAAGGUUAAUCUAACUGCACACCAACACAUUCAUACUGGGGAGAAACCAUAUUCUUGUAGUAUAUGUAAUAAGAGUUUUUCAAGGAAGGAACAUUUAUCUAAACACAAUCGCAUUCAUACUGGAGAGAAACCAUAUUCUUGUUAUAUAUGUAAUGAUAGUUUUUCACAGAAAGAAAAUCUAACUCAACACAUUCACUCACAUACUGGUGAAAAGCGUUAUUCUUGUGAUGUAUGCAAUAAAAGUUUUUCAACAAAGGCGAAUUUAUCUAUGCACGUUCGAACUCAUACUGGUGAAAAACCUUAUUUUUGUGACAUAUGUAAUAAAACUUUUUUAAGAGGGAGUGCACUGUCUAAGCACAGACUUAUUCACACUGGUGAAAAACCUUAUUUUUGUAGUGUAUGUAAUAAGAAUUUUUCAACAAUCGAGAAUUUAAAUCAACAUGUUCGAACACAUAAUGGUCAAAAGCUUUACUUUUGUGACGUAUGCAAUAAAGGUUUUUCAACAAGGAAAGCAUUGUCUGUGCAUGGACGUGUUCAUACAGGUGAGAAACCAUAUUCUUGUAGUGUGUGUAAUAAGAGUUUUUCAACAAACUCAGCUCUAACUUGUCACAGUCGCAUUCAUACUGGUGAAAAGCCUUAUCAUUGCAAUAUAUGUAAUAAAAGUUUUUCAAGACUGAGUAUACUGUCUAGACACAGUCAUGUUCAUACAGGUGAAAAACCUUAUUCUUGUAGUGUAUGUAAUAAGAGCUUUUCUCAGAAACAGUAUUUAAAUCAACACGUUAACACACAUGCUGAUGAAAAACCUUAUUCUUGUGGAAUGUGCAAUAAAAGUUUUUCGUUUAAGAAUAACUUGUGUAGGCACAUUCGUGUUCAUAUUGGUGAGAAACUUUUUUCCUGUGUUGUGUGAGAUAAGAGAUUUUCAAAAGAGGAUCAUUUAAUUCGUCACAGUCGCAUUCAUGCUAAUUAAAAGCCUUAUUUUUUCUGACAUGUUAUGGGGAUUUAGCUAUCCACAGUUAUUUUUAUUGUAGUUAGAAAUCUAAAUUUUGUAGUUUAUAUGGAUGAAAAGUUAUGUGAAGAAUUUAUUAAAACUGUUGAAGAAUCUAAUUUCUGUAGUUUGCUCAACGAGACAUGAUUCAUAUGAGGCUAAUGCAGGCCGCACACUGAAGCGACAUAGGGUAAGGAAUCGAUGCAACAUUCGCACUUUUGAGCAGGAAAGACGGAGCAUACUGUAAUCAGGAAGGAUAGGUACAGUUUUUGCACCUGCUCUGUGGGAAUACCUAGAUUCAGCAGAAAUUGUUUGGUGUGACUAUUGUACAUUGAGUAGGCGACAUCUUUAUGCAAUUAUUUAUCUUUUUUAAUCUCUAUUUAUAUUAUAUCAGGGUGUUCGGAAAGUACUUUUGUUUUUCCAACAGAGGAUUUAAUUGUAUUUUUUCGAACCCAAUUUCACACUUAAGCCGCAUUAUCAUUAUAUGUUUUGAGAGCUGAUAUAGUAAGGCUUGUGUGUGAAAAAGUUCAAAUAAUUCUACGCAGCACUUUUUGAUGGGUGCUCUUUUAAAUA